AUGAUCACCCCGAAGCGUCUCGCUGUGGCACUCGCUGUCUUCAGCGUCUCCACCACCACCCUUGCUGCUCCAGCUUCGCCCUUCGAUGCUGCUCCAUCUCUCGCCUUGAGAGAUGCUACUGAGCCACCUCCUACCGCCUGCACCGUCCAAGAGAAGGGCGAGUCUGACAACUACGGCAUCACCGUCCCCAUCGCGCAUACGCACGACAAGUGCAUCGAGGCUCACAGCGCCAUCUCCGAGUACACCGCCAGCUUCAACGACGCUUGGCUCUGUGAGCCAUACGGCGACUGGACCAUUCUCAUCUUCACCGCAAAGAAGGAAGCCGCCGACAACAUCGACGAGGCCUUCCGCCGCGUCUUCCCUGGCUUCACGUUCCAGUGCGCCAACACCACCGCAGUCAAAGUCAACUCUCUGUUUGCUCGCCACAUCCCAGGAACCUGCAUCCUCCUCGAGAAAGACCCCCUGGACUUAUACCAGGUGCACAUGCCUGUCGAGAUAGGAGUCAAUCGAUGCGACGAGAGUAAGAACCAACUCGCUCCGUACAUCGAUGAGGCUUCUUGGACCUGUACAGUGUUCGGCAUCGACCACAACUUGAUGCUCAGCGCUCCAAAGGGCAGUGCUGGACACAUCAACGAGGAGCUGGUUGAGCUCUACCCCAUUUGGGAUCUCUUGUGUGGAGACCCGUCGAAGGCUGUUCUCGAGAAGGAUGUUGGUGUUGAUGGCCCGAUCGCCACUCAUAGUCAGGACUGCAAAGCCGUGAACUGCCCUGACACUUGA